UUAGAAAAACCUGGAGCUCAACGAAGGCAAGGCAAACACUGUGAAUAGAAUCUCUCUCGCAACUCAAGGCAAAAAUUGUGAAUUGAAUUUGAAACUCCAAUCAAUCAUGGCAAACGAGAAUGAAUUGAAGGACGAAGUGGCAGAGAUUGCUCAGUUCGAUCCUACCAAAAAGAAGAAGAAGAAGAAGGUUGUUUUUCAGGAUGCCGUGGAUGAUGCUGUCGAAAAUUUGGCCGAGAAAACCGAAAACCUUUCGGUUUCUGAUGGGCUUGAAGGUACAUUUUCUGGCUCGAAGAAGAAGAAGAAGAAGCCGGUUGAAAGUAAUAUUUUGAUUGACGAGAGUGGCGAUGCACCGGAAGAGUUAGAAGAUCGUACGGGAGAUGAUGGAGAUGGAGAAGGAGGAGGAAUUGUUCUGCAUUCACGUUAUCCUUGGGAAGGGAGUGACCGGGAUUAUGCAUAUGAGGAGCUUCUUGGUAGGGUGUUUAACAUUCUACGAGAGAAUAAUCCAGAGUUAGCAGGGGACAGGCGUAGGACCGUUAUAAGGCCUCCUCAGGUUCUUCGUGAGGGAACCAAGAAAACUGUUUUUGUGAAUUUUAUGGAUCUCUGCAAGACGAUGCAUCGGCAGCCAGAUCAUGUCAUGGCUUUCUUGCUGGCAGAGCUGGGAACAAGUGGAUCACUUGAUGGACAACAAAGAUUAGUCGUAAAGGGAAGAUUUGCACCCAAGAAUUUUGAAGGAAUCUUACGGCGAUAUAUCAACGAGUAUGUCAUUUGCCUUGGAUGCAAAAGUCCAGACACAAUUCUAUCGAAGGAGAAUCGCCUGUUCUUCCUUAGAUGCGAGAAGUGUGGUUCUGGACGAUCUGUUGCUCCUAUCAAAGCUGGUUUCGUUGCUCGGGUCGGUCGUAGGAAUGCGGGGACGUGAUCCAAGUUGUUCCCCUUCAUCGUGGUUUAUGGUUCAUCCGUUGAAGAAUUUCUUAUUAGUCUUUUGUUUAGUAAGAUCCAAGCACAACUUAUGAACUAGUUUUAGUCCGUCUAUCCAAAAAACUUAUCAACUCUUGCACUUUGUUUCAGACGCCAUGACUUUGAAAAUAAAUAAGUACAGCAGUUUUGUUUUUGUUUUGUAUU